CUUUCGUCAGCGAGAUGCGCACCUCCAAGGCGUUCCGGCUGCAGCACGGGGGGAACCGGCCCGUAGCGGUGCGCGGCCGCUUCAUGGCUCAGCGGUGGCCGGCCCCCUCCUCCUCCUCAGCCUUCCUGGCCCUCUGCACGCCCCUUGCGCGGCUGCCUGCAGAUGGCGACACCAGCUCCCGGGAUGACCUAUUCCAGAGCACACACCUCCUAGACAUGACAUUUGCUGACGUUACGGAAAGUGUCACCUACCACCUUGGCUACCACAGGGAGGAGCUGAUUGGUCAGUCCUGGUACAACCUCCUGCACCCCGAGGAUGUCAACCUAGCAGCUGCCCAGCACAGGGCCGUGGGUGAGUGUUAGGCCUGGGCACAGGUGUGGUUCUUCUCUGGCUAUACCUGAAACCUGUCUCUCCAGGACAAGAGGAACA